UGCCAUAGUAGAGCACUUUUGCCUAGUCUGGUCUUUGUUCCCGGAAGGGAACGACAUAUUGAGAAUGCGCCGCAAUUAUAAAACAUCGCAUCUGAGAUCUGAGAACUCGAUCUUAAACUGUUUUUGGCCAUAGCCGCCUCCAUGUUACAAAGCAUGCCCUCUCCAGUAGCUAUGGAGUCAGAUCAUAAUAACAACCUAACAGAAGUCUCAGCUAUGUCAUUAUCCGUGCCAAAAGAUAUGAGUCCAUCCAAAUUCAAGUUCGUCCAGCGUAGGAGGGGAAAUCUCCCCAAGCAAUCUGUCAGAAUUCUCCGCGGUUGGUUGUGCGAUCACAUGUACAAUGCCUACCCAUCAGAACAGGAAAAAUUGAAGCUGGCCCAAGCUACUCAACUGACUCACUUGCAGGUGAGCAAUUGGUUCAUCAAUGCCCGGCGCCGUAUCCUUCCCGGUAUGGUGAGCAAGGCCAUCCGCGAAGGCAAUCCAGAUCUUGUGAGGCUCAUCAAAAGGCGGCCCAAGGGGGAUUCUUUCAACGACACAAGCUCUAGCCAUGGUUCAGUUUCUCAUACCGAUGACGGCUUCACGACAGAUGUGGAUACAGACAGCGAGGAAGGCAACAUAACCUCCAUGCAGAAUGGCAUGCCUCACGGCAACAAGGCACGAGACCGGAUUCCUACUUCUCAUUCGGCUGUACCGGGCAAGCGCAAUCCAGAUGGAGGAUACCGGGAACGAAAUGGGAAAAGGAAGAUGUCAUCUGCUUCUUCGUUCCACAAUUAUUCCUUCAGUCCCUACUCCUAUUGCAGAGGCGAUUCUAUGCCCACUUCACCGGAUACUGAAGAUCGAACGUCUUCUCCAGUUCCCGUCCAACGUGAUGAGAUGUUCAGUCGGUUUCUCAAUAACUUGCUGAUGGGCGAAGAAGCUCCGACGGAAGCUAAUGAGGUUCACUCUCCGAAGAGCAGUUCACCGGCCGAACUUUCGGAUCGUCCUUCGGUGUACGACACGAAAGAAAAUGCCUCGGAUAUGCAGUCGCCAUUGCACGUCUUGGCCAGUGUGGCAUGUGCCUUUCUCUUUGAAGAGAAAAAUUGCUCCUAAUCUGUGAUGACCUACCUGAAUUACAUGCCUUCAGAACAUUGAAUUCAUUGUGCUUUAACAAUCAACAUCAAAAUAUUUCAAUCAUUAUAUUUUUGUAUCUUGUAUAUGCUGUAAAUGUUAAAAUGCAUCUCUUUUAACUGUUGUUGUUCCUUUUCGUGAU